UUCAACUGUGUUUCCGAUCGCUUGCUUAGAAGCAGCGCACAAACAUUCGAGAGCGUUCUAAAACAAUAUCAGAAGUUCUCCGAAAAAUUAAAGUGACGAUUUUGAGGUCGCUUUGCCGUACUUGACACGAGUUUAGAAACUACGCCAGAGUGUGAGACUUUUUUAAUCAUUUACUACGCCCCAAGUGGGAAGACUUAAAAUUCAGCUCGAACUUGGCUCGCACGAGUCGAUUAGCACUCUUCAUUAUGAGAAUAACGCUUUGACAGAUUUAUUGACCUUACGUGCGUCUGUUACUUAAUAGUAUAAACAUUCGUCAGAGAACAUUGUGCGUAUCACAUGGCCUAGUUGACAGCGAAGCCCGACAAUGGUAGAUUCCAAGUUCCUGAUCGUGACCACGCUAUGCUAUGUGGGAAUCUUCGGCGUGAUUUUUAUCGUCUGUUGCUGUGCUUGGACUAGACAUUUAAGAAGAGAAGGGCGUGGAUAUUCGCCGAGGAUUCGAAAUAACUCGAGCAGGAGGGUUCAUCGACCACAACCGCCAGAAUACCCGAUGGCACCUUCUACACCAUUGUACGCUCAUCGAGGUCAUGGAUUUGCGGAAGUUAAUUUUCCAGAUGGAAACACUUACUAUCCAGCCCCACAGCGAACGCAAAACCUCGCUCAAAGAAAUAAUUUAUACCCAAUGGUACGUCAUCAUCCUACUUCAUUUGGAUACCCACAAGCGCAUUUUUUUCCAACUAGCGUGACGACAAAUGUCGAUAUCUCACUUGACGUACACGGAAUGAACUACGGAGAUACUAGCCAGGGUGGUUUGUCAGGCGAUGAAUUCAGCGACGCCACGAGUUCAAGAUUUGACGGCGUUGCUAUUGCCGCAGCGGAAAAUGUAGAAACAAAGGAAGGCAAUCAAACCCCAAGAACUAUCUCGCCUUCUCACGCCUCAGAAGAUGAUGGCAAAGAAUCCGAGUAAUAAUCUAGUGGUGAGAUCCACCAAAUCAAAGAAGUAACGUUGUAAAGGAUCAACAGAAGCAUUGAAAAAUUUUAAUUCGGCCAAUGUUGAUAAGAAAAUUGAUCUUUGUCUAUGCAACACAAUAUACAAAAGAUUCAAGAAAUUCACAAGUCAAGCAAGCUGUUUUUUCAAGGGCAAUUAUCUUUUCAUGUUUGACAGGCCUCCUACUGGUAAGAUUUUAUUUCCGUUUGGACAAAGAACGCCUUUAAAUCUUAGCAAUUCAAACCUGUCAUUUUCUCGGAUUUGGAUUUUCAAAGCUGAUACGGCGUGAAUAUAGAAAUGCUUUUUCCUGUCAUUACAUAACAGUAUUUGGUUUGCAUGAGCUGUCUUGAGAAUUAUUGGCAAAUCUUCUAAUCGUCGAGUUAUUAUUCAAAGCGUUUUAGCGCUUCUCUCAUAAAAAUACUUUACACACGUUUUAAUUUGACUGGAAGGUAUGAUUACAAUUCAGAUAGAUUAAACUAUACCGAUAAAUGAC